AUGUCAUCAACAUCAGGGAGAAAGAAUAUCUUUGAAGAUGACGACGAUGAUGAUGAUAAUGGUAGAGAUAACAAACAACAACAACAACAACGUAUACCCAACAAUCAAUCAUCAUCACAACAACAACAACAGAGUCAUGUGACAUAUCCGAUUGUCAUGCCUACAUUUAAGCCGCGAGGUAGUAACUUCAUGACCCCGAGACGUCCACCUAAGCAGCCAGAUGCAAUAGUACUGACAAAGGAGGAGAUUGAUUAUAUAGUUGAACAUGAUGUACCAAAGCCUAAAGAGAUAAGGAAUAUAUUAUUGGAGGAUGAUGAGGAUGAGGAUAUCAAUUCAAACUCUACUUUGAAUCUAAACAAUAUGAACUCGACAGACGCAGCAGACAAGAAGACAUCAGAGGCAUUUGAUGAGGUGGCAGGCAUGAAGUUUGAAAGUCUACUAAAGAUGAUCUUUAAGAAUAAGAGGACGGGCGAGUUGGAUCUGGACCAGGAGGACAUCGAAGAGUUGGAACGUAUGAUCACUCAACAGUCUGCUGGUGGUGGUCUAUACACUGUCGAUCCAAAUAUGCAGGCACAUCAACAACAACACCAACAGCGACGACAACAACAACAUCUUCAAAAUAGUAGUAAUAGUACAGAUACAGAUAAACGAUGA